AUGCAAGUGGAGACAAAGUUGCACCAAAGUGAAGGCGGCGUCUUGUAUGUUACUCUGACUUGAUUGACUAUCAUGUUUUGAACGAUAUGAUUCAUUCAUUCAUAUCCAAUCAACCUCAACAGUACCUCAUCUAAUUAUUCCCCAUAGAAUGACUGAGAACAAUACAGUACGUUUCGGCAUACUAGGAUGCGCCAACAUCGCUAGAAAAGUAUCCAGAGCCAUUACUUUUGCUCCCAACGCCACCAUCUCCGCCAUAGCAAGCCGUUCCAUAGAGAAGGCGGAGAAAUUCGCCGCCAAAAACAGUUUACCGGCGAGCGUCAGGAUCUACGGCAGUUACGAUGAAGUUGUGGAGGAUUCAGGUGUGGACGCGGUGUACAUUCCUCUCCCGACGAGUCUGCACGUGCGAUGGGCGGUUAGUGCCGCGAGUAAGAAGAAACACGUGCUGAUUGAGAAGCCUGUGGCCCUCGAUGUGGCGGAGCUUGAUCGGAUCUUAGAGGCUUGUGAAUCGAACGGUGUGCAGUUUAUGGAUGGUUCUAUGUGGUUGCAUCACCCUAGGACUGCUCACAUGGCACAAUUGCUCUCUCUUUCUAAUUCCACUGGUAUCGGACCCGUUCAUUUUAUCCAUAGCACAUCAACAAUGCCAGCAACACAAGAGUUCUUGGAGAAUAACAUUAGAGUAAAACCGGAGUUGAAUGCUCUUGGUGCACUCGGUGACUUAGCAUGGUACUGUAUCGGUGCAUCCUUAUGGGCAAAGGGCUACAAACUGCCUACCACUGCCAUUGCGCUUCCUGACGUCACCCGAAAUGCAGCUGGAGUCAUAUUGUCAAUCACUGCUUCUUUACAAUGGGACAAACCUAAUCAAACAGUUGCGAAUAUCCACUGCUCGUUUCUUUCUCACACGUCAAUGGAUUUAGCAGUUUGUGGUUCCAAUGGGUCUAUGCACCUUAAGGACUUCAUAAUCCCUUAUAAGGAGACUAGUGCAAAAUUUGAUUUUACAUUUGGUGCAAAAUUUGUUGAUCUUCAUAUUGGAUGGAAUGUGAAACCAGAGGAAGUUCAUGUGGCCAACAAUCUCCCACAGGAAGCUUUGAUGGUGCAAGAAUUUGCUAGGCUUGUUGCAAGUAUUAGAGAUUGUGGGUCUCAUCCUUCUAGUAAAUGGCCGGAAAUUAGUAGAAAAACUCAGUUGGUGGUGGAUGCUGUGAAGAAGUCCCUAGAGCUUGGCUGCAAACCUGUUGCAUUGUAGCUAAGUGGUUACGAAGCAAUGGCAUGAUUUAUACUUAUGUAGAUGGAUAUACAAUAAACAUUCAUCUAAAGUGAGGAAUUCAUGAUUUUUGUUUAUUUUUUCAUACAUAUGUAUAUGAAAAAAACAUCAUGAGAUGUUGCAAUACCUCGUUUUAAAAUGUGCUAAUUUUAGACUAGUCUGCUCGGCAAAAUCAAUUUCACCUGCUACAAAAGUGAGGCAAAAUAUGCACUAGUAGUGUACUACUGGUUGAGUUGUUGCCUUUAAAUUGAAACCAAGUCAGAGCCCAAUUUAGGAUGGCAAUGACUUCAUCUCACCAAAUUGAAACCAAGUGUACCAUUGUCUCCAUUGUUGUUGGUGUUUUGUUGAUCACCAUGGUGCUUUCAACUUUCAAGUAUGGUUUUGAAAAAACAAACGUAGUAAAUUCAUGUUAUGUUGUUCAUUUUAUUUAGUUAGUUGCUUUCUUUUUCUUGCCUUGCUAUGUUUCAAUAAGUUGUUCUUUCAAUCUCAUUAUAAAAAAACACAUGAUCUUAUUGAGUUUUUUCUUACACAAACAAAGUUUAGCAAUCUAUUCAAACAAACUAGCAAUACAAUGGGUUAAAGAAAUAAUUAAAGAAAGAAGGUUGUAUACAUUUAGGAACAAAUGUGACAAAUUGCUUUAUAUCGUAUUUUUUAAGUGAAAAUGAAUUUUAUCAAUGAGCAAUUUCGAAUGUUUUGAAUUUCGCCAACUUCCCGAUAGCUAGUUUGAGGUAUCGUUGCAAUAGCGGAUCUUUAGCUCGGGACUCCCCUAUUAUCUGAGAGACGACUAGUUGGGAGUUUGCUCGUAUCUUGAUGUGCUCCACCCCCAUCUUUUCAGCUAGGGUCAUUCUUGCGGUCACAACUUCAUACUCGACUUGAUUGUUAGUGGUCAAAAACUCGAAGCUCAGAGAAACUUCUACUACGAGCUCAUAGUUGUUUUUUAGAAUUAUACCUGCACCGCUUCCUGGCUGUUAGACGAUAUGUCUAUGAAUAUGACCU